AUGGCUUUUCGCGUCCCAACCCAAGCUCCUCGCCGCCGAACCUCCUACUCUACUCCCCAGCGCCCGCCGCCGAUAGACAUCCCUCCAUCGCCCACCGAACAGCAAGAGGACGACACGACACAAUGGGUACUCUUCUCGCCGACCGCACGCACGCAUACGACCUCGACGGAGCACACUCGGACCGUGGGAGCUUCACGUCUGAGUGACUUUGGUUCCUUUGGAACAGCGACGCGAUCUGCAGCAGGCCAGGAAGGAGAGGCAUAUCAUGACGAGGCCUUGGAUGAUCAACUCGAUGAGGACGGGACCGAGCUGGAUAGCUUGGACGACGGGCUACAGGCAUUUCGUGCCCCAUCGUUGUCCCCAGUCUCCCCCGCACGAAUGGAACAAGGGCCACCGGCAAUGCUGCCCGCUCAUGAUGGAUUGGGGAGCUUUCAGGCGUCGAGCCUGCUGGCCCAGGAGCAGCUGUGGCAGCACGAGCAAUACAAUCCACAACGGCGGCAGUCAGGCUAUCCCACUCAUCGUCGUCGGUCUAGCGUGCAACGGUACCUUGAUACGGUCGACGAAGGCGAGGCCGACGUGGAGCGAGACAGAUGGCACCGCAUUGAACAGUGGCGGAUGGACCAGAGUCGGGCAUUUCUACAGGAGAUUGAACGUGAGACACGUCGCCGGCGAUCGAGUCACGCGAGUCAAUCCACGAUUCCGCGCUCGAUCGCCCAUUCUUCGCCAUCUGGUGUCUCGGCGAUGCCCUCUGAGACCGCCUCAGCUGAGCCUCAUGCAGAGAUUGACGACGAGUCUUUCUGGCGCCGCAUCACACGAAAGGUCAUCCGUGAUCUGAUCGGAAUCGAUGAUACUUUACUAUCGGUGAUUCUGGGCGAGUCCCUACCAUCGGAGGCGAUAUCCGAUGGCCAGGCCGAAGAGCUUGAUAUGGAAACGGUACUCGCGCAGGAACCUGAACCCUCUCAUGUCGAUGCACCCUUAUGGCAGACCCAGGUGUUGCAGCGAAUCGCCCAUGAGUUGGGAAUUCUAGUGCACCAGAUUUGUGAACAUCCCGGUGCCUUCACUACAUAUUACCAGAUGACCAAGGAUGUUUCGAGUGAAUAUGCAGGCAUGUCACUCGACCGUCUCGCCGAGAGUGGAGUUUCUCAGCGACUGUGCGAACCCACGACGCAAACGUCCGUUGAUACACCUGCGACCGAUUCUAUGCCCUCUCCCCACUUCAUACCAACCAUCGGUGAUGCGAACCGUGAACAUGAGGCGCAGUGGGGUAUCGAAGAUGAUGAUCCUAUUAGCCCAGAACCCGUUUCUGAAUCUACCCGGCUGCAGCAGGAACAACAAUAUUGGGAGCGUGGCUUGGAUGUCAUGAUGGUUUUCCGGUAUCUCCGCACGCGCUUCGGUCGCCGCGGCUACAUGACCAACGACAACUACACGUCCAACUCUUCGCCCCGCCAUACCCAAGACGCCUCGCGUCGCGCCGCCAUCAUCCGCCAACAUCAUCCCCUCGUCGCUCGUGCCCACUCCCGUUCCCAGAACCAACCCCGCCGUGCUUCUCAAUACUCUGGCGUGUCGGGCCCCGCUGGUCUCUCCGCCCCACUAGCCCGCACUCACAUCCGCCGUCCCAGCUCCAGCUGUGCAAGCCAGAGCAAGUUGUCGGCGAUCUCUAGUCGUCGUACACUGACUGGAUCCAGCCGGAAUUAUUGGGAUAUCGGUGGGAGCGUGGAUAGUAACAGUGCGAUCGGUGUUGGAGCGGGGUUCGGCACUUGGGGUGAGGCAUAA